CAGUUUAUUGAUAGUAUUGUAAACGUAGGGGUUACCUUUGGGUGAAGGCGGAGUUGGUUCUUCUGACGUCUGCUGACACAGAGCCCACCUCUUCCUGUCGGUGUCAGAAAGGCAACUUCACCAUAUUUAGCUGGCUCGCCGAAGCCCAGCACAGUUGAUCUGUCAACCAGACUGAAAACUUGACACUUGUCGGCGGAUACUUGGCGGCGCUGACAGCUUAAUACUCAUACCGGGAUACACACUCCAGAGGACGGAGGGUCUGUGGGAGAAGAUGCUGAGGACACGGGGCCGACUCAACGGCUGCUUUUAAAAAGUAACCGUCGACUGUCAGAAUCCAACUCUCUAACAGCCGAGCUAGCUCAUCAUUGUAGCUCCUCCGACGCUCGUUUUACUGAAAAUACGCAUUAAUGUCGUGUAUAUUAAGGGCCAUGUGUAGUUAGGUGUUCAUUUAGGCUCAGUGACUCCGCUGCUAUGAUAUCCUGACAGCUCCUGUCGCCUGUUCCUCUCACUUUUUUAAGCCUUGCUAGCGAGCUAACUUGGCUAACUAGCAGGUUUUCACUGCCGUUCAGCAACCAGUAGCUUUCCCCCGUGGCACUGAAAUCCUAGUGGAUCCCUUGUAGACGGUGUGUGGGGGUCACCGAGGAUCCACGACCACCGCACUGAAGGACCCCUCUUUUGACAGAGCCUGCAAGUCGAGGAGCUAAAAGGAGACCAAGGCGCUUGGCCAUUCAGCGGUGCAGAGGCGGCGCACUGCCCGGAGGAGACACCGGAUUGAACGGAGGAAGAGUCCCAAACGUUUGACAACUGUGAUCCGGGUAGUGAACCGGGCAGAGACCUCAUGAAUGGAAAUCGGAACUACAGCAGCCGUUGGGGCUCAGUCCCUAUUCGCCAUGCCUCGGCGGCCCGGCUAUGGCACCAUGGGUAAGCCCAUCAAGCUGCUGGCCAACUGCUUCCAGGUGGAGAUCCCCAAGAUGGAUGUCUACCUGUACGAGGUGGACAUCAAGCCUGACAAGUGUCCACGACGAGUCAACAGGGAGGUGGUUGACUCGAUGGUGCAGCACUUUAAGGUGACAAUCUUUGGGGAUCGCAGGCCAGUCUAUGAUGGGAAGAGGAGCCUGUACACAGCCAAUCCACUGCCUGUGGCACCGGCGGGGGUGGACUUGGAUGUCACUCUUCCGGGGGAAGGAGGGAAAGAUCGGCCCUUCAAAGUUUCCAUCAAGUUCGUGUCUCUGGUCAGCUGGCACAUGCUCCACGAGGUGCUGACCGGACGCAGCAUGCCUGAGCCACUGGAGCUGGACAAACCCAUCAGCACCAACCCUGUGCAUGCUGUGGACGUGGUGCUGCGACACCUGCCCUCCAUGAAGUACACUCCAGUCGGGCGAUCCUUCUUCUCAGCUCCAGAGGGCUAUGACCAUCCCCUGGGGGGUGGGAGGGAGGUUUGGUUCGGCUUUCAUCAAUCUGUGCGCCCUGCCAUGUGGAAGAUGAUGCUAAACAUUGACGUGUCUGCCACCGCCUUCUAUAAGGCCCAGCCAGUCAUCCAGUUCAUGUGUGAAGUGCUGGACAUCCACAACAUAGACGAGCAGCCUCGCCCUCUCACAGACUCACAUCGGGUCAAAUUCACCAAAGAAAUCAAAGGUUUGAAGGUAGAGGUGACGCACUGUGGAACCAUGCGGAGGAAGUACCGCGUCUGCAACGUGACCCGCCGGCCUGCCAGCCAUCAAACGUUCCCUCUACAGCUGGAAAAUGGUCAGACUGUAGAGCGUACUGUAGCCCACUACUUCAGGGAGAAGUACAACCUGCAGCUUAAGUACCCACACUUGCCCUGUCUACAGGUGGGCCAGGAGCAGAAGCAUACCUACCUGCCUCUGGAGGUGUGUAACAUUGUAGCUGGUCAAAGGUGCAUCAAGAAGCUGACAGAUAAUCAGACCUCCACGAUGAUCAAAGCCACAGCUCGCUCUGCACCAGACAGGCAGGAGGAGAUCAGCAGGCUGGUGCGCAGUGCCAACUACGAGGCCGACCCUUUCGUGCAGGAGUUCCAGUUCAAAGUGCGCGACGAGAUGGCCCACGUGACGGGGCGAGUGCUACCCGCCCCCAUGCUGCAGUACGGCGGCAGGGUGAGCACAGAGCACUUUAUGAACCGCACGGUAGCCACGCCCAGCCACGGGGUAUGGGACAUGAGGGGGAAGCAGUUCCACACCGGGGUGGAGAUCAAGAUGUGGGCCAUUGCCUGCUUUGCCACACAGAGGCAGUGUCGAGAGGAAAUCCUCAAGAGUUUCACGGACCAGCUGCGCAAGAUCUCAAAGGAUGCAGGGAUGCCCAUCCAGGGCCAGCCAUGUUUCUGCAAAUAUGCCCAGGGAGCGGACAGCGUGGAGCCCAUGUUCAGACACCUGAAGAACACCUACGCCGGGCUGCAGCUCAUCAUCGUCAUCCUGCCGGGAAAGACUCCCGUUUAUGCGGAGGUAAAGCGUGUGGGAGACACCCUCUUAGGCAUGGCCACGCAGUGCGUGCAGGUGAAGAACGUGGUGAAGACGUCACCUCAGACCCUCUCCAACCUCUGCCUCAAGAUCAACGUGAAGCUGGGAGGCAUCAACAACAUCCUGGUGCCUCAUCAACGACCAUCAGUGUUUCAGCAGCCUGUCAUCUUCUUGGGAGCAGAUGUUACACAUCCACCUGCUGGUGAUGGGAAGAAGCCUUCGAUAGCAGCAGUGGUCGGCAGUAUGGACGCCCACCCCAGCAGGUACUGUGCCACUGUCCGGGUCCAGAGGCCCAGGCAGGAGGUCAUCCAGGACCUGGCCUCCAUGGUGCGGGAGCUGCUCAUCCAGUUCUACAAGUCAACCCGCUACAAGCCGACCCGGAUCAUUUUCUACAGGGACGGAGUUUCAGAAGGCCAGUUCAGACAGGUGCUGUAUUAUGAGCUGCUGGCCAUCCGUGAGGCCUGUAUAAGCCUGGAGAAGGAGUACCAGCCUGGCAUCACCUACAUUGUUGUGCAAAAACGCCACCACACACGCCUCUUCUGUGCCGACCGCAACGAGAGAGUUGGACGCAGUGGAAACAUUCCUGCUGGUACUACCGUGGAUACGGACAUCACACAUCCCUACGAGUUUGACUUUUACCUCUGCAGUCACGCUGGAAUACAGGGCACUAGCCGGCCCUCCCACUACCACGUUCUGUGGGACGACAAUUGUUUUACCGCUGACGAGUUCCAGCUGCUCACCUACCAGUUGUGCCACACCUACGUGCGCUGUACCCGCUCAGUCUCCAUCCCCGCGCCUGCCUACUACGCCCACCUGGUGGCCUUCCGCGCCCGCUACCAUCUGGUGGACAAAGAACACGACAGUGCUGAGGGCAGCCAUGUGUCUGGUCAGAGCAACGGUCGUGACCCCCAGGCGCUGGCCAAAGCUGUUCAGAUUCACCACGACACCCUGAGGACCAUGUACUUCGCCUGAGCUCCACCAACCCUUCUGAGACCAUUGCCACCUUGUACACACACAAAAAAAACACACAGACCUAACCGUGCACGCCUGGCUCGCCAGUCAAGAAGUCCUCUCAUGUGCAAGUCCCGCCCCCCCCCCCACACACACACGCCUAGUCAAUCCGGACCUGACACUGUGCAGAGGAGAGCAGGGAGAAAGGAGGGGAGGAGGCACCCCCACACUGGACUGAGGAUGCAAAAGCUGCUUUAAAAACAAACAAGAGAGAAACUCAGCACUAUUAUGCAAUAUUAAACCAGCCAACUAGUUCAUUUUCUCCCUUAUCAGGCCCCCCUCUCUGUUGCCCCUCCCGUCUCUUCUUCCCUGUUCGUCUCUUUUACUUGCAGCCUGUGGAGGUUUUUUUCUGUUCCCUUUUCUUUUGGCUCAGUCUCUCUUUCUCUUCUUCUACUAACCUGCUCCUUUGCCAUCUACAGUACCUCAAGUCAGUUAGAGCAGCAGCACUUUCACAUUCUGCCAGUUGAACUGUCGUUUGUCGCCGAUCCCCCCAGUGUUAGAAAAGACGGAGCAGAGAUUGAAGAGUCAGAAUCUUGAGAUUUUAAGAAGUAAGUGUUUGAUUUUAUUUUGGAAUGUUGUCAUUCCGUCUGACUGGAAAAGUCCUCCCUGCUCCUACUUUUUACUUUUCCACUUUUCUUUCACUGUUCUGUCAGUUUUCACUACCGUGUGAAAUCACCAGUUUAUUGUGAGCACACUGCCACCUGUUGGCUACGAGGUAUAAAUGCCCCCCCUAAGUCACAACAAAGAGUUGUUUACUUAUGAAUUUUCCAAUCAGUUUUGAGUCAUGUUUAGCAUUCAGCUGCUACAUUUAACAGCAGUCCACAGUGGCUGAUAUAUCAGUGCUCUACAGUAUGUAUUUCAUUUAAAGUAUAACACUGUUAUUUAAUUCUGUUUUUUUUUUUUUGGUUCUACAUUAUGUGAAACAUUUUAUGAAUUUUUUAAAUCACUUAAAUCAUGUAAGGUUAUGUUUUUAAUUCUUGUUUCCAAUUAGUCAGCAUGCUUUUAUUACCCUCAGUGCUUUAUCCCACAUUUCCCUCUGUUGAGUUCGAGAAGGCGGUUAAACCGAGAUCACGUUGUUGGUUUCCUCUAGUGCAAUAAUCAGCUGAAACGAAGGGAAGAGGAUUGUAGGGGACUUUAAAAAGAACAGUUCAACAUUUCAUUUGAAAGUGCGCAUCCUCAAACGGGGAGGAGAGAAGUUCGCCUCUUGCUGGGCUCUUUUAUGUACGGCUCCUCUGUGAGACGAUUGAUCAGCAUGUUUUAUGAGUUUGUCCUUGCUGUUGGGCAAAAAAAAAAAAAAAAAAUGGUGCAACUGCAGUUUUCAUGUUUUUACUUGAAUUGAAGGAUGUUAUGCACCUCUGUGGUUUGAGGAUACUUUUAUGAUCAGUGGGUGUAAUUUCAGAGUUUGUUAACGAGGCUGAUUUUCUUAAUCCCCAUUAGGAUAACAUAUCUUCUCACCCGACUGCAAUGAAGUGGAGAAUAUAGGCCAUAAAGGGGUAGUAUUCAAGUGCCUGGUGGAGGUUUGGUGUUCAGCGGUCAAACGUGACUCAUUCUAGGGAUCGCAUGUCAGAGGGGGGAAAGAAUUAAGAAGCAUAUUCCAAUAACUAGACAGCAUAAGAUGGUUUAAAGCAAGAAAGUUCACCUAAUGCCUCUUAUUCUUCUCAACAACCAUCUACUGACUUUUCUAUACAUCUCAUUCAAAUCAUACUAAGAUCCAUGUAUUUAUUAUGUUUGCUUUUACAGCAGUGUUGGCUGUGUUCGGGGCUUUGCCUAAUCUUCACCAGACAUGGAUCCAGCUGCUACAGUGUACCUAUAAAGGCCGGGUUCAUGGGUAAUGAAAUCAGCCUUGUCUUAACAAAGAGUCUGUCAGUUAUCUGUGUCUGUCAGUACAAAUCCUAAAAACAGACAAGCUGUAGUUUCUGCCCAUGUGACCAGCUGAGCGGUGGCUUCAGAACAAAGCUAAGGAGCUAAAGUGAGUGACCAGUAUCUGAUAAUAUAAAGUGCAUCUCUGGAUUAUAGUCACUAUUUAGCUCUUCUGUGCUGCUGAGCUCGUCUGGGGGGGGGGUUGUAUUUUCAAAGUUAUCUGCACUAAAAGAAGCUGUGUUUGGGGGCUGAACACAGGCGUGGUGCUACUCUGUCUAAAGCUGAAACUUUAUGUGAGACUCUAGAUGAGCAGGGGGGGGGGUGGGCAGUAGAAGAAGAAACCUCACUCAGUUAAAGACAGGAAAAGGUGCUGUGGUCGGAGCUGGGUGCUUUAGGAUUAAGGAUCUUUUUUAAGGAUGAGGUAGAUCUGAUCUGAAUGGAGAACCCGUAAACGGUACACAUGUAGAGGUUCCCUCAGAGACUUCGGUUCUGCGUCCGCUGUUGCAUUCGACUGCCUUUCCUUGGCCAGUGGGUUUGAGCCUCCAUUAUUUCACUUGUGUCUGAAAGCCUUUAUAAAAAGCCAGAUUGAAAGUAUAUUUGUACAUUUUAAAUUAUGUAAUGCACACCACUUAUUUUUGCUAACAGAAAAAAAUGUAGUCUAAAAAACUAUUAACCUUAGUAAUACAUGUAUCCUGAUAAGUAACGGUUAAAAAAAGUAUAACAAAGUUUUAUUAUCGCAAUAGACUGUUGACUUGUUCCUGUGUCACUCUGGUGUAUGUGUGAUCAGUGGUGGGGUUGUCGUGUGGACUGUAAAACUGUUAUUGAUGGGGAUGUGGACUUAAACCGCCUCGUGCUUCGAUGUUUGGAUAAAAAAAACUGCGAGAUAUGGAAUGAUUAUUCUUGUUUUUUCAGUAGGUGUUCAUACUGGAGGUUUGUCGUUGAAGAGAAAGAAGCGCAUAGCAGGAGGCUUUUGUUUUAAGAAAUGACAUCCCUUUUGUGGCGACCACAGAAGAAGAAUCAGUGAUGUUUGGAGCUGAAUCUCUGCUCUUGAAUGUUUCCUUCAUUUGGUGCUGAUGCGUUCCUUAUCACGGCUGAAAAGGAACAAGGGAGUGGGUUUUUAAGAAGUAUUGUCGAUCCGCCUUAAGGACACGUGUGGUCAAGCUAUGUCGUGGUCGUUCUCCCUUCUUUUCCUUUUGUGUUAAAUCCUCGGGGGGAUUUGCGCCGGGAUUGCAACCUCGGUUGCCUUCCUCGGACUCGGAGUCACUUCAUGUGCUCGCAAACACAAAGAGUCAGCCUCCUGGUAAAUCUGCAGUGUGACAAAGCCUGUAGUCUUAUUGUUGCUCUCUUCCCUCUUUCUCUCCCAAACAUUUACUCCCAAUGUGCCAGAGGAGGACAUUCCACGGCUGUACAAUCCCAUCCGAUCCCCCUCUGGGAGGCGAAGGACAGAUUAAAGCUGAAGGACAAUAGUUGGGGUCUGGUCAGGAAGAUAUGGAUUCUGUUCAUUGAGAUGUGUUUAUUUUAGACUGAGUCAAAGCGGACGGGUGAUGAAUUCAUGUGGCAGGUUGUGUUGGAAGUCUGAGGGUAGAUCAUGAGAAUUUAAAUCACUUUAUAACUCUGUCUCUGCUGUCUGUCAUGGAUGUUCAGUUUGUGUAUGAUACACUCUCGAGGGCAGUUGAACACAUGUUUACAUAGCAGAUGUGUUUGCCUCGCUUGCAGCUGAAAUGUCAUCAGCUCCGCUUUGCAAAUAUUAGCUUGUAGUGAAGUGACCCAGCAUGGGUAAAGACCAUUCAGGGCCUGUGGAAGUGAGCGCUUGAGGGGAUACAAAGACAUCAUUUACAGGGUCAGUUUUGUCCCUCAUCAGGCAUCUUUGUUACACAGCAAGGGAAUCAAUUUGUUUUUUGUUUUUUUUUCAAUUCUAUUAAAAUGACUCAUUCGGCUGAAUUAGAAAUGAAAGGACAAACGCAGCUUGGAGCCAGCUGCGGCCUUUGGCUCUCAAUUAGGAUCGCUAACAGCACAGACAAGUCUUUUUUACAGAAGCUGGAGAAACAAACAUUUUAUUAGAAAGUGACAGUCUGGUGAGGAAAAAUCGCCAAAUUAACUUUGAAAGGUCAGCGUCUCGAUUUAAAAGGAGUUGAGAUGUAUUCCAUUUUGAGUAAUCGAUCAAUAAAUCCCAGAUUUUUGUUGCAGUGGAAGGUAGCAACGGAGUGAGAAAAAGUCCACAGAAAGUGCCUUUCCUCUUGAUGGUGCUGUAAACUGAAAGAUAAAAUGUAAAAUCAAAGAAACUGAAUCUCCUUCUCAAGAACACAUGGCAGUGCAGGAGCGGCUGCAUUCACACACACACACGCACUGUACACGUUUGUUUUAUAGAGACGGCGAUGCAAACUCGUGUUUCAUGUUUUUAGAUAUAAAGCCUACUUAGAAAAAGAAUAAAAAGCCAAGUAUGUGGUUGUGGUUGAGCUUUUGCUUCAUAGUGCAUUCAGUGUCUUGGACCAAUGGGUGUCGUUGGUACAGUGGAAUGUGCGACAGGGUGGGUGGUUUCAGCGGUUUGUUGGGCUUGGUUGUAGGUGGCACUAGCGUGGUUUGACACGACGGCCCAGCCCACAAAUGACAAACAUAGCACAGCACUUUAGAGACUGCCACUCUCACUCAGACACAUAGCCAAGAGGUUUUCCUCCACUCCCCUCCUUCCUCCUCCCCCUCGAACCAGGAGGAGAAGAGGACCCAAACCUCAAAGUCGAAGUUGAAGGGAGGUGUGUGUUACCAAACAAAAGCAGCCGGACGUUCAAAGUGUGCCUCGUGCUGUCGUGACUCUGUUUGUGGCUCGGUUGCCUUUAGGUUGAGGUUUCCCGUCUGGAAAACGCCACUAGACAUUUUGUUACAGCUAGGGCUGGGUGUCAAAACAUGAUAUCAGUGAUUCCUGAUCAAAUCUGAAGCAUCUCAAACGUGUGAACAUCUGGCCGAGGUAACAAGAGCCAGUAACGAUAUCUGACAGGAUACCAGUGAUGACACUUGAUAUGCUGCCCAAAACAUUGUCCGAUACCAGUACUAGUGAUGAAGCCGAUAACACCCACGAUAUCUGACAGGAUACCAGUGACGAUAUUGAAAAGGACACCAGUGAUGAUAUCUGAUAUGCUGCCCAAAACAACGUCCGAUACCAGUACUAGUAAUACAGCCGAUACAGAUACCAGUAACAAUACCUGAUAUGCUGCCCAAAACAAUGUCCAAUACCAGUACUAGUAAUGAAGGCGAUACCAGUGACAAUAUCUAACAGGAUACCAGUCAGGAUAUCUGACAAGAUACCAGUAACGAUACCUGAGAAAAUACCAGUGAUGGAACCUGAUAUGCUGGCCAUAACAAUGUCUUCUACCAGUACUAGUGAUGAAGCCGAUACAGAUACUAGUGAUGAUGCUUGAUAUGCUGCCCAAAACAAUGUCCGAUACCAGUGCUAGUAAUGAAGCCGAUAACACUGACGAUAUCUGACAGGUAUUGUUACUGGUAUCCUCUUCCGUAUCAUCACUGGUAUCCUGUCAGGAUACCAGUGAUGAUAUCUGAUAUGCUGGCCAAAACAACGUCCGAUACCAGUACUAGUAAUGAAGCCGAUACAGCUAACAGUUUAGAUACCUGAUAUGCUGGCCAAAGCAGUGUCCAAUACCAGUACUAGUAAUGAAGCCAAUACCAAUACCGGUGACAAUAUCUAACAGGAUACCAGUCAUGAUAUCUGACAAGAUACCAGUAACGAUACCUGAGAAAAUACCAGUGAUGAUACCCGAUAUGCUGGCCAUAACAAUGUCUAAUACUAGUACUAGUAAGGAAGUUGAUGCCGAUACCAGUGAUGAUAUCUGACAUUAUACAAGUAAUGAUAUCUGUUCAGUUGCCAGACACAAUCUCCGAUACUAAUACUCGUUAAUGAUGCUAAUACCUAUAUCAGUGACGAUAUCUGAAAGGAUACCAGUAAUGGUAUCUGAUACCAAUACCAGUGACGAUAUCUGAUAUAAUACCAGGAAAAAUAGUUGACACCGAUACCAGUUUUGACAUCAAAUACUGAUACAAGUACCGAUAUCAGCCUGUGGUUCCAUCUAAAAUACAGUAUCAGUUAUUGGUAGUCCCCCAGGUUAAUUUUUUAUACCUCACAAAAGUGAAGCAGUCGCGUAAACGACAAUGUGACAAGAACAAAACAUCUGAGUAUGAUAUUCAUCAGCGUAUCAAGUUUUCAGCUAUCAGUGUUUGUCCUCCAAUCUUCUGGAUCUUCUGUAUUUCACUGGUAUCAGACGGGUAUGUGAGGAUUGGCCUGUGUAUCAGAAGCAAGAUUGGUAUCAGAUCAUCUCUCUUAGUUAAAACAGUAUAAGCAUUGAAACUUUACCCACGAUGCCCAGCCCUAGCAGCAGCAGCAGCCAAUGGCCUACUUUCAUUGAUGCCCUGCUGUGUGUCUUGUCCCUGACGGGGAGGGAACGUGUCCAGUCCUGAGCCUACUGGUGUUGACUGAAAACUAAGGGCGGUCUGUAGUUGUUGUGUGGGUACCUUUUCAGUCCAGGGGGGUGAAAUCUUUCUACUACAAGAGAUCUCUAAAAACACUGCACCUCACUUACCUUGGUAUGCUGCAUAUGUUAUACUACAUGAAAGAAAAAACUGCAAACUGCUUUUAUUAUGACAUAUAAUGCUUGAGUAAUGCCUGAUUGCGAUAUUCUUAUACAGUAACUAUUUUAGAGUCGAAUUAAGUAUAACUGUAAAAAUAUUCUCUGUUUUUGUCUUAACACUUAUCCAAUUUUGACGAAUUGUUCUUGAGCCGACUUUUAUUUUGUUGUCCUAUUUAAAUGUGUUGUUUCUUUUAAAUUUAUAUAUGAAAUAUAUAUGUGCGGAAUAUUUUAUGGUGUAUUUAUUGAGAGUGCAUUCAAGCGGCUGGAGUCUCCGCAUCAUAUUGCAGCAUGGUGGGGGUGGAGCCAGGAGUGAAACGAGGCCUUUAGCCCCUCCCCCUCCAUGUUGACGCCUUAUUCUCUCAGACACGCAAGCACAACAAUAUGGAGGGGGGGUGCGAGGUGGAGGAAAAGAAAGAUUGGGGAUUCAACCUGUUAAAACAGAACCGUGUGUCAGGUUCUGGUGGAUAUUUGAAGGUCAAAUCCUCCUCGUUCUUUUCUUAGUGUUCUUAUUACCCUCCACUUUUCUUUUUACCAACUUUAGAAGGCCAAACGCUGACCCCCACAUGUUGCAGCUCAUCUCUGACGAAGGGAACCAUUUCUGAACCACACUGACUUAAAACGUCAAAUAGCUGACUUUUUUUUUUUUUUUUUUCCUCCUCAUCCAAAGCUGCUAAUUGGUACAUUAGCCAUGUAAAUUCCCAGAGCCAAUAGAAAGCAGGUGGGAAAGCAAAAAAUAAGAAAACACAGAAAGCAGCAAGAGGAAGAAACGAGAGAAGGCAGAAUAUUUUGGAUCCUGGUGAAAAUUUUAUCCUAAGUGUUGCAUCGUCUUUCAUUUGAAAUUCGUCGAGCUUUUCUUGUGCCAGAACUUUUUUAAACCGCAGGAAACAGGUCUCAUUCCACAAAAAUCAGACAUGCCUCAACCUUAAGUGCGUUCUUACAUUAGCGUCAGAUUUCUAUGUGACUUUGCGAUGCUUGUGUCGGAUGGCAUACCAAGAAAACAAGCUCACAUACUGGCAUCCUCAUCUCGCUCAUUUCUCAUGUAUACCACUAGCAUUGCUACAUGAUUUUUUUUAAGUACACACAGGUGUAAGCUCAAAGAAUGACUGUCCUGUUUGUACUGAUGUCAGAACAGAAACCAAGUGUGGGUCAAACAGUGUUUGGAAACACUUCUCAGCUUUUUCUUUAUUAUCAGCAAUGCAGAAAUGAGAAAACGAUGAUGAGAAUUCUCACUCGCUGGUUAUCAUAUUUCCAUUAAAAGCAAAUCCAAAGAAGAGUAUUUUCAGAUACAGUUUGACCCAGGCUUGACAGGAAUGUCCUCACAGAGACCUGUGCCUGUAUAAUGAACCAUGGAUGAGUUACGUUGUGAUUAAUCGCUGUUUUCUUUUCUUUUUAAACUCUUUUCAUUGGUUGUCCCUCACCCAAUCAGAGGAUCAGAGACAUGGAGCUUUUGAGUGUUGUCCAUCCUGUUCCAAAGUUGAACACAAAAAGGCCCUCUGUCCUUUACUCAAUGUUUACUAUAAUGUUUACUUCCAUGGCUAUCAGAUGUUUCACCUGUUUUCACCCCAUUAUCAUUCCAAUAAUGACUCUGAACCAAAUAUUGCACAAGAGAUUAGGCCUCUGAUGCCGUGUUUCCCUUGUAUACACAUGAUGAUGUUGGUGACAGAUAUUCGGCAGAGCCAAGGAUUUCACACAAUAUCCUUUGCUCUGAUUGUUGUUUCUUUUUCCAUGUAGCAUCUCUCACUCUUGUGUCGGAUUAAUUUCAAAGUAAAGAUCUUGGGCUCUGAUACCUCUGAGUGAGGCACCAGCAAACGGAUGUAUGUACCACACUGAACAGUGAACCCUCACCACCAGAUGAUCCAUGUCUCAGUCUCUCUGUGCUGCAAAGCCUCUGUUGUACCAACAGCUCUAUUCCUCUCACUUUGAAUGUCUCUUUCUUUUGUAACUCUCUCUCUCUCAUAGGUUGUUGGCCUUUUAGUGUUGCUUUGCUUCAGUUUGAAGUGUAUCUUUGACUAAUACUUGCAAUAAAAUGCUUUGCUUUA